AUUUGCUAUAGCUAAAAUUCAUAGUAUCGGGAAAUUCAGAAGAGCCUUUGUGAAUUACCCGGCUCAACGCAAAACUCAUUGUUCCUGUGAACCGAAGUAAAAAGCGGGGAGCACUUUUACUUGGGCAGCCAUGGCUGAUGAGAAUCGGGAAAUAUCACCCUUUUGUUUAUUGCCAGAGGACUGCAUAGAGAAGAUCGUUUCUUUUACGUCCCCGAGAGAUGCAUGCAAGGCGGUGGCCGUCUCGCCGGUAUUCAAAUCCGUCGUUGAAUCUGACACCGUCUGGGAGCGGUUUCUGCCGCCUGAUUACAAAGAAAUCCUUUCAAGGUCUUGUUCUUCGGUGAAAUUUUCCACCAUGAAAGAGCUCUACGUUUUGCUUUCUGAGUCUCUGCUUCUUGACGAGGGCAAAAUGAGUUUUAGAUUGAGCAGAUCAACUGGAAAGAAGUGUUAUAUGUUGUCCGCAAGAGAACUUGAUAUAGCAUGGAAAGACAGUCUGACGUACAGGAAAUGGAACUCUUUACCAGAGUCAAGAUUUGGUGAGGUUGCCAACCUAUACAAGGUCUACUGGCUUGAGAUCUCAGGAAGAUUUCAAGUGAAAAUGCUAUCACCUAACACCAAUUAUGCAGCAUAUUUUGUGUUUAAAUUCUCUAAGCUGCAUCACGAGCUUGAUUGUUCCUCAAAGGCAUCCGUUAAAUUUCUAGAUGAUUGUACCAAUGAGAUUGGAGGAGACGUGGGCCACACUGUUUACAUAGACCCACUAGCAGAUGAGCUUGAAAUGGAAAGAAAUAUCAAUGCCCGGGUUCCAUGCAGCAGAAUAGAUGGUUGGCUUGAGCUGGAGUUGGGAGAAUUUUUGGUUGCUGAAGGAGAUAAUCGGGAAGUUGAAGCUAAACUUUCUGAAACUGAAAUUCUCUAUCGGAAAGGUGGCCUUAUAGUCGAAGGGAUUGAGGUAAGGCCCAAGGAAAGUUAAGAGCAUGAUGAUCAGUACAGUGAAAGACACUACGUUUUCUUAAAUUCAAAGGGAAUCAAUCAGUGCAAAAUUUAUUAUUUCUUUCUAUGUUUGCAGGAGAUUUUAUGUAUUGCUUGAAGUUAACUCAAUAUGGUGUAUGGUUUUGCUAUAGAACUGUGAUUCUAUGUAUCUUUUUGAAUAUAUCUCGGACCUAGGAACUCUGUUUUCAUUCUCUUGGAUGUUGAGUUUGAUUAGUAAACCUCAUGCAAUCAACUUUUUGUAAAUUUUUAUUGAAAUUAAACUUAAUGUAACUGAAAUAGAGAUCAUGCAUUUAUUAUUCGAAAAAAUAUAACCUUAUGUAUAUGAAGAUUAUUCCAUAGUUCAUCAAUAUUAUCUUCCAUCUUCCUCCACUUAAACCAUCCAAACAGACUCCUAACAUUUAUUCUUCUGUCUGUCUGUAUUUAUCACACAUGCCACAAGGACAGUAUAAUGCAUAGUUUUGUAGUAAAAACUUUUAAAUUGGUAGACUUUCAGAUGCACUUGGAGAGUGGUGAAGAAGGUCAGUUCACAACUAUCCAGUACUUGACAAGCUGCCACUGCAGGACCAUUGAUCAGGUGCCCAGCCUGAAAUACGGCAGCUUGGUGG